UAUUUGUUUUAUUAUGAUUUUCAGGAGUUAUUAAUAAGUAAAUGGGAAUCAUUUUUGCAAGCGCGAUCUGUUAAGCUAGAAGAUUUAUCAAAUUCAAUUUGCUGUAUUCAUCAUGUUUUUGGCGAAAAUAAAGGAAAACAAUUUAUAAGUGAUGGCUGGCUUUCAAGCAAAAAUCAGAAUGAAAUUCUAUUACGGAUUCACGGUGAUCCCUUCAAUUUCUUCACAAAAGCGCAUGCUAAACGUUCAUAUCGUUUAAAAGUUACGCCUUUUGACGUCCGACAUAAAGAGGUAUAUUUAUUUAUUCCAUACAAAUAA